GGAAAAUCAAAACAUGAGUGAAGAAACAAAAUUGUGCAGCUGUCCGCUCUCCGCUGUGCGCUGUCUGUUUUCAGAUUCUCUGUUUGCUGAUCUUUGAAAUGAUUGUUUUCUCUCUUAUAAACUGUUUAUGGUUACAAAGAAAAGUUUGGUCAAUUCAAAACAUUGAUGUACAGUGUACUUUUGUUGAGAGUUUUGUGAGUUCUUUACAAAUUUCGCGAUUUGAAGAAGUAAGAAGUGAACUUUGACAAGGAGAUGCAGAAUUUUAAUUAUAAAAUAUGGCUACUAGACGGCCUGGCUAUUCAGCAUCCAAUGAAUCUCUUGCGUCAAAUUUAGUUACUGAUCCUUUGAGAGAAUUAUUCGAGGCAUGUAAAAUUGGAGACAUCAACCGAGUGAAGAAGUUGGUAAAUUCGCAAACUGUAAAUGCUCGUGAUACAGCUGGAAGAAAAUCGACUCCUUUGCACUUUGCUGCUGGUUAUGGGCGAAGAGAUGUAGUUGAGUACUUACUGUCGGCAGGAGCGUCAAUUCAAGCCAGAGAUGACGGCGGUCUGCACCCUCUGCACAACGCGUGCUCGUUUGGACAUGCAGACGUAGUCCGCCUUCUGCUAGAGGCCGGUGCCAAUCCCAACACCAGAGAUAACUGGAACUAUACGCCACUGCACGAGGCUGCCAUCAAAGGAAAAAUUGACGUUUGCAUAGCACUGCUGCAGCAUGGCGCCGAUCCGUGUGUGAGGAACAGCGAGGGCAAGACAGCGGUGGAGGUGAGCGAGGGUGAAGGUGGCGGAGGGGUGCGGGGGGUGCUGACAGGGGAGCACCGCAAGGAGGAGUUGUUGGAGGCUGCCCGUGCGGGCGCCGAGGACCGGUUGCUGCUGCAGCUGUUGACGCCGAUCAACGUCAACUGCCACGCGUCCGACGGCCGUCGAUCCACGCCGCUGCAUCUGGCCGCUGGCUACAACCGCAACCGCGUCGUCCAACUGUUGCUACAGCACGGCGCUGAUGUUCAUGCCAAGGACAAGGGCGGACUUGUGCCACUGCACAAUGCGUGCUCAUAUGGGCACCUGGAAGUGACUGAGAUGCUGAUCAAGGCGGGAGCCAACGUGAACGCAAUGGACCUGUGGCAGUUCACGCCGCUGCAUGAGGCUGCGUCCAAGUCACGCUCUGAAGUGUGCUCGCUGCUGUUGUCACAGGGCGCUGAUCCCACGCUGCUCAACUGCCACUCCAAGUCGGCCAUAGAUGUGGCGCCCACUCGCGAACUCCAGGAGCGUCUUGCCUACGAGUACAAGGGACACUGUCUGCUGGAGGCGUGUCGGCAGGGUGAUCCUUCCCGCCUGAAGAAGUAUCUCUCGGCUGACGUGCUCAACUUCAAGCAUCCCUACACUGGUGACACUGCUCUCCAUUGUGCCGUUGCGUCUCCCUACCCCAAACGGAAGCAAAUCGUCGAAACUCUCAUCAGAAAAGGCAUACACGUGAACGAGAAGAACAAGGAGUUUCUGACGCCGCUGCACGUGGCGACCGAUGUGUCGCACUGCGACAUGAUGGACACUCUGCUGCGACUGGGCGCCAAGGUGAACGCCCUGGACGCCUCGGGGCAGACGGCACUGCACCGCUGUGCACGCGACGACAACGUGCAAGCGUGCCGCAUCCUGCUCUCCUACUCGGUCGACACUAGCAUCGUGUCGUUGCAGGGCUUCACUGCGCUGCAAGUCGCCAGCGACAACGUGCACAAGAUACUGCAGGAGCCUCCCGCUGUCCUCGAUCUAGAGAAUCAGCUGUUGGAGGCUGCCAAAGCUGGUGAUUCGGAACAGGUGCAGCGACUGUUGACGGCAUACCCGCACAUAGUGAACUGCCGCGACCUGGACGGCCGGCACUCGACGCCGCUUCACUUUGCGGCCGGCUACAACCGCGUCGAUGUUGUCGAGUUCCUGUUGGCCCACGGUGCAGACGUCCACUCCAAGGACAAGGGCGGUCUUGUGCCUCUACACAAUGCCUGCUCCUACGGCCACUAUGAGGUGACUGAGAUGCUUGUGAAGCACGGCGCCAACGUGAACGUGGCCGACCUGUGGAAGUUCACGCCACUGCACGAGGCGGCCGCCAAGGGAAAGUACGACAUAGUGCGACUGCUGCUGCAGCACGGCGCCGACGCCACCAAGAAGAACCGCGACGGCGCGACGCCUGUGGAACUGGUGCGCGAGGGCGACCAGGAGGUGGUGGACUUGCUGCGUGGCAAUGCGGCGCUGCUCGACGCCGCCAAGAAGGGCAACCUGGCCCGCGUGCAGCGGCUGCUCACCACCGACAACAUUAACUGUCGCGACACCCAGGGUCGCAACUCCACGCCGCUCCAUCUCGCUGCCGGCUACAACAACCUGGAAGUCGCUGAAUACCUUCUGGAGCACGGAGCCAACGUGAACGCCCAGGACAAGGGUGGCCUCAUUCCGCUGCACAAUGCCAGCUCCUACGGGCAUCUGGACAUCGCCGCCCUGCUCAUCAAGUUCAGCACGGUUGUCAAUGCCACUGACAAGUGGGGCUUCACACCGCUGCACGAGGCUGCCCAGAAGGGCCGAACGCAGCUCAGUGCUCUACUUUUGGCGCACGGAGCCGACCCGUUCCUGAAGAACCAGGAGGGUCAGACGCCGCUGGACCUGGCUUGCGCCGAGGACGUGCGCUGUCUGCUGCAGGAUGCCAUGGCGUCGCACCCGGCACAGGGCGGGUCAUUGACCCCUACACCCACCCCCACGCCCGCACCCGCCAUCCACACGGAGACAGUGGUGAUGCCGUCGGGUGCCUCCAUGUGCCUCAGCACGCCCAUACCUACCAAGCAGCGCGGCGACGGCACCGACUCUGUGCCGCACUCUGAGGCCGGCCCACCCAGCUCACUCGAUGUCGGCACUCUCGCCGGCUUCCUGGCUAGUUUGGGAUUGGAUCACCUGCUCGAUCUUUUGGAACGAGAACAAAUCACGCUUGACAUUCUUGCUGAGAUGAGCCAUGACGAUCUCAAGCAGGUUGGAAUCUCCGCAUAUGGCUACAGGCAUAAAAUUAUCAAAGGCAUCGAAAAACUCAACUCGUACAGUGGUGGUUUGACGUGCAUAAAUCAGGGCACUUUGGUGGUUGAUUUGCUGCCUGAUGACAAGGAGUUCAUGGCUGUGGAAGAGGAGAUGCAGAGUACUAUCAAAGAACACCGCGAUGGACAUGCUGGAGGUGUUUUCAACAGAUAUAAUAUUAUUAGGAUUCAAAAAGUACAGAAUCGGAAACUGUGGGAACGUUACACUCACAGAAGAAUGGAAGUAGCUGAAGAAAACGGGAAUCAGCCAAACGAGAGAAUGCUGUUCCAUGGAUCAUCUUUCAUCAACGCAAUCGUUCAAAAAGGAUUUGAUGAACGUCAUGCCUACAUUGGAGGAAUGUUUGGAGCAGGAAUUUAUUUUGCUGAACAUUCAUCGAAGAGCAACCAAUACGUGUAUGGUAUCUGUGGCGGAACUGGCUGUGCUAUACAUAAAGACAGAUCCUGUUACGUGUGUCACAGACACCUUCUGUUGUGUCGCGUGACUCUCGGCAAAUCGUUCCUACAAUUCAACGCAAUGAAGAUGGCGCAUGCGCCGCCCGGUCAUCACUCGGUGGCUGGUAGACCCAGCUCGGGAGGACUCAACUUCCCAGAAUACGUUGUAUAUAGGGGAGAACAGGCGUAUCCGGAGUACUCUAUAACAUAUCAAAUAGUCAAACCCGAAGAAAUGACUGACACAAGAUGAAGAAGAGAUUACAUUCCUCGCCUAUUUCAAGAUUUACCUUCAUCUGCUGGAUUUUAUCAGAGUUCAAUCAAUCGAAAUAGCAUUAAUUUAAAAUAACUGUGUUGCAGUUGUUCUUUAGAGCAAACUGCAUGCUUUUCAAAUAGUUAUUAUUAACAGUUGUCACCAUUAUGCGGUUUAUUGCUUAUAAAGUGGUUAAACUGGCACUUUUAAACAAUAAAUGACAAGUUUUGUGAUAAUUCGUCGGAUGAAAUGAUAUUCAUUGUCAGUGUAUUGUUUUCUUAUCAUUUACUCUGUAUAUUUCAUCGAUAGUUCAUGUGGAAAGUGAGAAGUGUUCUUUAGAGACUAAGAUAUUGAAUUUAUUAAAGGUUGUAUUUAGAUAAUUUUGUGAUAAUGUUCAAAUUCAGCGUAAUUUCCUUAUUAUUGAAAUAAUAUAAUCAUGUAGUUUCUUAAAUUGAUGGUCGCCCAUUUAUCAAUUUCCUCGUUCCAUCUAUUUAUGAUUGAAAAUUAAAUUUAAGUCUAUGUUAACUGAUUCAAAUUCUGUUCAAGAUGAGAGAAAUAACUAUUCCAUUUUGAUUCUUGAUGGUAUAAACUAGCAAUAUGCUGCAUUUAUUAUCAGUAUUUUGGUCUUAAUAAUAUCCAUUUGAACUCCUUGUGUAAUCAUUAUACUACUCUGAAAAAAAUAUAAUCAUGACUGAUAUUCCUUAUAUUAUUAAUAGUAAAAUACCAUUUUAUGGUAAUUUUGAACAAUUUGGCCCUUUUUUGGCUGUAGAUGGUGAUAUAAAUAUUACUAAUUUCCAUUAUUGAAAGAAAUAGUGUAUAGUUGUUAACUGAAGAAUACGCUAAUACAAAUUAGAUACUUCAUCAACUAAUACUAAUCAUUACUUAUCAUCUUAAUUGUUCAAUAAAAGUAAGUUUCAAGUUGUCUCUUAUUAAGUUCACCUGUGAAUAAAAAUACGUAGAAGCUGAUAUCAUUACAAUUAUCAAAUUUAACCUGUUGACAGCUAAUUUUAAAUUAUUCUAUUCAAUAAAUUUAAAAUUUCGUUUUUCUAACGAAAAACCUGCGUAAUGAAUAUUGAAUUGUAUUACCUUACCAUUGUUUAUCUCAGUCUUAGUGAAAUUUUAAUUUUAUUCCUGUGAUUUUUGUAAAUUUUCUGGUGUAUGUCUCCUACCUAUUGAUAUCACAAGUUUGUUGUAAUUAUAAUGUUGAUGAGAAAUGUAUUUUGAAUUUUGGAGCACAUAUAAUUGAAAUUACAAUAAAUAAUUCACCGGUGGUA